GAACUCACGCAACAGCUUCGCCAAGUCCUUUGGCAAUUCAAGGCACCCAUUCGCUUUGCAUUUGCCUAUGGCUCUGGCGUAUUUCCUCAACGCGGCUAUGCGAAAACGCCCACGACAAAGCCCAUGGUCGACUACAUCUUUGGCGUCUCACAUGCUCAACACUUUCAUUCUCUCAAUUUGACAGAUCAUGCGGACCACUACUCUUUUCUGCGACGGCUCGGGUCAGGCACGAUUUCACAUGUUCAAGAACGAUACGGUGCAGGCGUCUACUUCAAUCCCUACGUUACUGUAAAUGGCAUUGCCAUCAAAUAUGGUGUCGUCAACCUCGAUACACUUUGCGAAGAUUUAGACGACUGGCGGACAUUAUACCUUGCUGGACGUAUGCAAAAGCCCAUCAAAGUUCUCCGAGACCAUCCUCAAGUUCAACUGGCGUAUCAACGAACGCUCAACGCCGCGCUACGUGCUGCGCUGUUGCUUCUACCACAGACGUUUACUGAACGCCAACUAUUCACGACAAUAGCGAGUCUCUCGUAUCUCGGAGACCCACGCAUGUCUGUUGGUGGUGAGAACCCCAAAAAGGUAGAAAAUAUCGUCUCUGCGCAACAGCAACAUUUCCGAAGUCUCUAUGGCCCUUUGAUGGCAGAUCUACCAAAUAUCCAAUACAUGGGCACCGAGCAUUCAGGUCAAGAUAUGGCUGGUUUGACGCAAGACUUGAACCCACAAACGCGUGGAAAUAUGGUCAGACGACUACCGAAGACAUUUCAAGCGAAACUUUACAAUGCUUAUCGGCAUAAGCUCGGUGAACAGCAUGCGAUCCACAUUCAAACAUCAGAAAAGGAAGGUGUGCCUUCCACUUUUGGCAGCCCCUUUGAUGUGGCUAUUGCGGCGUCGUCCACUCUGAAUGCCGAAGUAAUGAAAGCUAUUAGCGCAACGGUAGCAUGGCCGUCGACUGUGCAAACCAUCAAGGGUAUCUUAACGGCUGGCCCUUUCAAGAGCUGGAAUUACGUUGCCGAAAAGCUCAAGAAA